CUCCGCCCUGCUCCCAACGUCGGGAGCAGCGGCCACGCUCGCGUGCGGCCGGCGUGACGCUGCGCUCCGGCAGCGCGCCGUGACGUUGAGCGGGAGGGCCCUGCAGCAGCGGAGAUGGCAUCAUCAGACUCAGUCACAACUUGUCUUUCUCCACCUGUGCAUUAUGUGCUUUGCAAACUUGGCUUUGAGAAAAAAGACCUCUAUGAUAUUAAUAAUAUUGUGUCUGAAAAUGGAGAAGUGUGUUGGCAAUCUAUUACAGAGCACGUGCAUUAUCUUGAAUCAGAUCGAAGUGUGGAUUAUAUCAAAAGCAUACGAUCGCUUGGACCUGUAUGUGAAUCUGUUAAUUUGCACUUCAAAUCUCUGACCAAGGACAAAUUUGUAGUUCAGUAUGCAGUAUGGUUCCAGUGGACAAACUACGCAGAGUUAUUUCUUGAAGUGUUUGAUGUUCUACAAUAUGCCCAAUCUACAGAAGUUGCUCUUGGGUUAAUGAAACUAACAUCGUGCUUGGAGAGAGCUUUGGGUGAUGUACAUUUACUGAUUGGUAAAGAUUGUCCCUUCCUUCUAAGAGAUUUGCUUGCUUCUGAGCAGCUUGCAGUUGUUUUUGGACAAGUUGUAAUGGAUGUACUCAGGAUAUUCAUUGGAUCACCAUAUGGUCUGAAUCUUCGUAAUGUUUUGUGGCAUGGGUUUGCAUCCCCACAUGAAAUUCCUGCAAAAUAUUGUGCUAUGCUGCUUUUUUUAACUGCAGGAUUGGGUCAGUUGUUGCAGACAUAUCUUCUGAAAACUAAAUAUGUUUUAGUACAUCGACCUUAUGUGACCUUCAUUAGAUUAGAGGAUCUUGAUGCAUUUCCAGAUCUUAAUCAUGAAACACUUCGUGUAGCGGAAGAGCUACUGCAAGUGUCUAACUUUGUGCUAAGAACAAUGUUACCAUUUUGGAUGGCUGCUUUAACAGCUUUCAAGCAAAGUAGGUAUGCUGACUGUGUGAUUCUCUUACUUCCUCAGCUGGAAGCUGGACUUAGAUUGCUCUUCACUACAACUAAUAACUGUCCUAAUAGAUUGCUAACAGCUGAGUCUUCUGCUUUCUACACCACUUUUGAUGAGAUGCUAACAAAGCAUUUGGAUAAUGAAGAAAUCAAUCAGCUUCCUUCUGUUCUUGAAGAACCUGCUAUGGAAUUUCUUUGGGACUUCUUGAACCACCAGGAGGGUCCACGCAUAAGAGACCAUUUAAGCCAUGGAGAGAUCAAUCUAAAAGCAUUUCCCAGAGAAAUAGCCAAUCAGUUGGUGGCGUUUGCAAUUACAUUACUUUGCAGGUUCUCAGAUGAAGACACAGUUGCUUUUAAGGAACACUUAAUCAUAAAGCCACUGAUGAACUGUGCAAGUUGCUACCGCUCUCGAUUUCAUCCAAUUUCCAGACUUAAGAAACAGGUGCUAGAAUGUAUGAAGAGCAUUCACUUGUGGCAUGAAUUACCAACAGUGACUGAGGAACAAAUUCAAACACUUAAAGGGUUGGAAGGAAAUACUGAAGCUAGUAUGUUAGUUUUAAAGGUGGCUGAAAUUCUCUCUCAGUUGCAGCAGUAUUUGCCCUGUAACUUCUAUAAUUCAGAUGACCCAAUGAGUACUGUUGCAACAGAGAGGCUGUUGCUAGAACUUUGUGCUAGGCACGUUAGCACACUCUAUUCUCCAAGACCUGUUCUGGAAGUGUUAGUGGUACUCCGUAAAAUAUGCACACAGUGCCAUCAAGUGUCUGAACAAGUUAUUGCCAGCAUUAAGUUGAGAUACCAACAGUGGACAGAAAAGACUCUACGUUCUCGCCAGAGGCAUAACUAUCUACGAAUGUUGAACAGCAUUAAGUUUUUAUCUCCGGUGUUACGGCUCAUCUUAGUGUUGAUUACUCUGGAACUUGUUAAUGUCCACUUGGUCUGUAAGAAGAAUCCUUCUGAUUAUCAUCAGUAUCUAAAGUUUUUGAAGUCUGUCUUGCAGUAUGCUGAGAACUUGGUGACAUACACAAGCCUUGAGAAAAACAAGUGGGAUGAAACCAUACAGCUAACAAAUAAGGCUUUAUUAAAAAUAAGGAAAUUCAGUGAUGGAAAGCUGACAUUGAUACAGUCAGCUACAUAAAUACUUUUAAUGUUAUUUGGACGUUGUUAUAUCUUAAAUGCUUUGGAGUCCUCAUGCUUGUCAAGUCUAAGAUUUAAAAGCAAACUUCAUCAUUGUAAAAUUUUGGAUGCAAAAGUCAUUAUUUCUAUUAUAAGGCUGUUGACAGCAGAGUUAAGAUCAGGCUUCUGAGGAAUGGGCUGUUCAUCAAAUUCACUGAAAAAGAUUGAAUGUGAACCAGGUCAGGAUGGUGCAUGUUCUACUUCAAGUAUAUAAUGUAUUUUGUAGAUUGGUUUUAAAAAAAAAAAAAGAUUUUUAUUACACUGUAAGUAUCUAAGAAUAUGAAUAAAUACUCUGAAAAUUUUUAAAUGCCAGAAGAUUUUUUUAUUUUGCUGAAAUACACUAGAAAUGGUACCAAAUAUUGUGAUCAACAUAUUAAGACACAAUAAAUAGCACAAUAUUUAGCAUUAAGUAGUAUUCCUUGAUAGUGUGAUUGUUUUUAUUAGUUCAAAACAGACUCAGAUCAUGCACAAUGUUUAUUUUGUUUAAUAGCGUCUACUCGCUCCCAAUACAGAUCUAGUUAAUGAAUUAAUUUCAUAUAGGUUAAAUAUGAAUACUAACAUACAUACUCAUAGGCACACACUUAUUGUGGUACAAAAAAUUGUCCUCUUGUUGGACACAAGAUUCUUUAGGUUUUUGUUUUUUUUCCAAAAUCUGUUCUUGCCCCUUUCUAAUCCUCAAGGAAUAGAGUUCCAAAGAAAUGCAUCAAUUUAAGAACAGAUUCAUAGGAGACCUCCUGUCUCUAUUUCUUUCUGGUAUGGAGUGUAAGACCAGAGGAUAAUAUCCAGAGAUUGUUUGGAUAUGCAAAGGAUUAGAGAUUCAAAUCACAUUUCAGUAAGAUUCUUUGCAAUGUUUCUUGACAUUCUCGUAAGGAGAAAAUUAUUAGUUUAUUUGGUAUGGAGGGCAGAUCUACACUGAGAUCAUAUUGCUUCCUUUAUGCUACCCUCGCACCAUACUGUUAUUGUUUGUUUAAAUUUAAUUUUAUCAGUUUCCAUGUUUUUUUGUCACUAUAGAACUAAAUCAUAUGGAGAAGUGAGAACUAGAGAAAAAUAGAAUUAAAGCUAGGCAUAGUUAAUCCAAUGCAGUCUUUGAGCCCCAGUCUGGAAUUUCAGCUUUUUUUUUUUUUCAGCUGUAAUGGAAGGUCUAAUUACGUUUUUGAAGGCGCCUUUUCUAUCCAUUGACUUUACCUGCACUUCUGACACUUGCUUUGUUCAUAAGUAUUACAUGACAAAAAUUUACUAAAUCUUUAUGUAUUUGCUAUAGGAAAGAGAUUAAUAAUUUAAAACUCACUGCAUUUAAAAAGUACGUGAAUAGAUAACAAACUUUCAUAGAAUCACCAAGUUUGGAAAAGUCCUCUAAGAUCAUCCAGUUCAAUCAUCUGCCUAUCACCAAUGUUUCCCACUAACCCAUGUCCCUCAGUACAACAUUUAAAUGUUUCUUGAACACCUCCAGGGUUGGUGACUCCACUACUUCCUUGGGCAGCCCAUUCCAGCACUGGACCACUUUCUCGGAGAAGUAUUUUCUAAUGUCCAACCUGAAUCUCCCCUUCUCCUUGUUGAAAGUAUGUUUGUGCACAGAAAAGCACCUUAUAGACCAUAGAUGAAUAUUUUCAAUGUGACUUUUUCUUCCCGUAUUUGAACUUUGCUAAAGUGAUCUUGCAUGCUUUUCUUUUCCUCUGCAUUUACUGAGGAAAGAGUACGCUGACAGUUUCUCCUUUAGUAAUUAAUGCCAUAGUUGUGAUUUGAUGUUUUAAAUCUAUGGUAACAAAUGUGAUGGACAUCUAGCAGUUUUGUCAAAGAUGUUUCUCCUACCUCUGAAGUUCUCUGAUGGGAUUGCUGCUACAGCCUAUUGAUGUCCAAAUUUGGAACAGGCUGAGGCAAUCCAAUUAAUUCUGACUUGAUGCUAUUAUAAUCUUAGACAGUUUCAAUAGAGCUACAUACUGGGCUUAUGGUGUCUUCCUGCUGUUACAAGACUUACAGAGUUGCAGAAUAAUUGUAUAUUCUCUGUGUAAGUAUAUAUAUGCACGUUGAGGAAGAAAUUGCAAGGGACGUGGUAUAGUUGAUUGUUUUUGUUGUUUAUCAGUUACCUGAAAUUACUUCUCUACUCCAGUUGUAUAUCUUUGCCAUCUGCUUGGAGUUACUUGGAUUUCAAGAUACUAUCUGUCUUGACUCUGAAUCUUCUGUUUUACUGAGUGCAAAAGAGGUUUGGAAUAACCAAAGACAUAGCAGAUGUGUGCAGAAGCUGACAAAACAUGUUUAAAUGCAAGUGUUCUGUUGUUGUUGUUGUCCAAACUGAAUUCAUAAAUGAACUGUCCAAAACUUCA